CCGACCAGGUUGUUGUAGCUGCACACAUUUUCCCGUUCAGCAGAAAAUCGACAAUUUUGGGCUUCUUUCAUGAGCUCUUUCUAUCUUUCUUAUCAUGCCAGACUCACAUCUAACUCGGGCCCUAAAUGACCUGAGUUGGUCUAUAUCCUCCCUGUCCUCUAAUCCGGACGUUCUGUAUAUCGAGGAUAUUGGACGCUAUUUCCUCUUGCUGCUGAACCCAUGUUCUUAAUCUGAGAAUUUUGCCAUCGGAGCGGACGCACAAUCCGACCACCACAGCAAUAACCUGGUUACACAGGUAAGCCAUUUGCCCCAGACACAUCUCGACAUUGUAUCUAGCGACUGAUCAAACUCUCCACCACAUUAUAUUUACUCUCCUCCUGCUACUGAGACCAAUACGCCACUUAUCUAUAGCAGCUAUAAUGAGAAAAUGGCAUCUCGUUUAUCUACAUCUCGUUUGUCGGCCGAAAGAAAGUUCCUUCCUUUUUCUGCUACAGAAUUCCCUUCUAUUAUUACCUAUCCUCCAUUUACCUCCUGUCUAUUCUCUGUCUGUCGUGUCCUGUCCUGUCCUCUCUGACAAUAUGAGGCGCUUCGCAACUACUGCCUCUGCGACCUUCCACUUGACUGCUAUCCUCAUCCACAGCUACUUCUUUGCUGCAUUCUUGGUGCUCAUGAUGGUUGAUUAUAACACUGAAUGCCCUGCUCUUAUUUACUCUUCGCCUGCUAUCCUUGAUCGCAAACCUGGAGGUGUCUCUCGAUUCCCUUUUGUCCUCUCCUCUAUUUUUGAGCCUUACGGCGUGAGUGAGAGCCUACGUAUGGUUUUCGACGGCCAAUGGACAGUAACGAACCCUCUAGCACGCCUUCCGGCUCCUAAGCUGGAUAUUACGAUUGGUGCUUCUAUAUGGCAAACGGCCUAUAUUGACACAGCUCUCUCACUGGAGGCGCUCCUCUGCCCCGUUGUCUGCUGCCCAGAGCUUAUGGUACCGACGUUUACAGUGGAAGCCAAGUGCUUCCAACAUCCUGAGUAUGCGGCUAGACAGAACAGGCUCAACGGGGCCAUAAUGCUCCGUAACAUCCAGGAGAAGAAUGAGGAGGUAAUGGUCAGCACCUUCUGUCUUGCAUUCCUUGGAGAUAUGCCGCAGCAGCAGGUUUACCAGACGUUAGUGGCUGUCAGAGGUUUGGCUGCAAGGACAUACGAGCUCUUUCCGAAUAGGUCUCCAGGGACGACAUACAGCUGA